GUCGCAAGCAGGCCUUUAUAGUAUGUAUUACAUAAACAACAUUUCUGACUCUGCAGUGUUGAGAGGUUUAGCUAGCUUUAAGUAAUAAUAUAGUGUAUCGUGUGUCACUUACUUAUGAAUGAUGAAAUAAUAUUACAUUAUAUACACCAUAUUUGUGUCAAUUACAUACAAUGAUAUAUAUUAUUUAUAUGUAAUACAGUUCUUAUCUUCCUUUGCUCAGUUUUGCCCAAAAAACAAAAUCUUCCUUUGCUCAGCUUUUUGUCGUCUCUUUACCUCUUAAUAGGACCACUUGCAGCAAAAGUUAUGACUUAUAUGUGCAAAAAUAAAUACUGGACUUAGGAUUUGAGAAAUUAAGAAAACAAUUGAUGAUAUAAAUCUAAAAGUGUAGAACAUUGUUAUUUUCUUGAAUUGCUAUUAGCGAACAAUGAUUUGAUCAAAAAAAAACUAUUAGCGAACAAUGACAUAUGAUGUUCAUUGAUCAGAGAGGAUUUAUAGUUUGUUGCGCAGACUCGUCUCAUCAUCAAUCAGUUGAUCUAUUAGCGCAUUACUUGAAACCUGCUAGUCGAGCAUCAGAUAAUGAUGAGAAGCAUUCAGCACCACAAUGCCUUUCCCAAUGUAUCCUCAGAUCCGAUCCAAAGGCGAACUCUUUACCCAUGACAUCGAAGUUUAUGAAACUCAGCGGUCAGUUCAUCGGCAAAUUCACCCGUGUCACCGCCUUACCUGCCCAUCACACUGACAUGGUCCAAAGGGUUUCGAUCUUGAAAAACGAGCUUUUAGCGACGGGUAAUAGUAAGGAGAAGUUCGAGAGCGUUCUGGAUCAGAAAGGGCAGUGGCUGUUCAGAAGCUACCGUGAUGGAGCAGGCAUCGUCGAGCUGAUGGAUCAACUCUUUCCUCUUCCUUACUUAGCUCUUCAGGUUUUAGAGUGGAGAAGAAGACAAUUUGAUUCUUGCAUCCCUUUGACAAGCGAGGAGUAUGCGAAAGGUAUCAAGAUCGCGGGUCGAGCUAGGGACAUAACCUUUGCGGUCUCUCUAUUCAACGAGGCUGCUAAGAAACGAACUCAGACGACUCCGGUUUACAAUGCUUUGAUGAGUGCUUACAUGUACAACGGGCUCGCCGAGGAAUGCCAGUCAGUUUUCAGAGAUUUCAGGAGGCAAACGCAUUGUUCUCCCACCGUUGUGACGUAUAAUAUUCUUAUAUCUGUGUACGGUCGGCUUCUGAUGGUGAAGAAUAUGGAAGCAGCUUUUGAAGAGAUGCGGAAACUGAAGAUAUAUCCGAAUGCCAGCACUUACAACUGUCUGAUCGCUGGUUAUGUGACUGCCUGGAACUGGGAGAAGAUGGAAGCUACGUUUCGAAAAAUGAAGAAAGGUCGAGUUGAGCCUGACACGGACACGUGCCUGCUGAUGCUUCGUGGGUAUGCGAACUCAGGGGAUUUGAAUAAGAUGGAAGAGAUGUAUGAAUCGGUUAAAGAUCAGGUUGGUGUAAACAGAGGAGCUUUGGUCAGAGCCAUGAUCUGUGCGUAUUGUAAGAAAGCUGUUGAGGGUAGAGUCGAAAAGAUUGAGAAUUUAUUGAGUCUUCUCUCUGGUGAGGGAUAUUACCCUUGGUUGAAUGUGCUUUUGAUUCGUCUGUAUGCUCAAGAAGACAUUCUUGAAUCAAUGGAGAGGAGAAUCGACGAGGCGUUUGAGCACAACACGUGUGUUAAUAAAUCGAGUAUCAUGCGGGCGAUCACUGCAGCUUACUUCAGAAGUAACGAAGUUGACAGUCUUGUCAGUUUCGUCAAGCGUGCGGAGUCUGCUGGCUGGAAACUAUGCAGGUCUCUCUACCACUGUAAGAUAAUGAUGUAUGGGUCCCAAAAACGCUUUGAAGAAAUGGAAGGUGUUGUAAAUGAGAUGGGUGAGACUAAUUAUGGGCUUGUGACUAAAACGUUUGCGAUUAUGGUUAAGGCUUAUAGAAGUCACGGAAUGGAGUCGAAUGCUGAGAGAGUUAUGGGAAAGAUGCUGAAACAUGGGUGUCUACAUAUUCCAAAAGCACAUCUAACUCAAUCGGCUUUAGAUGCAAGUCAAGUUGCGUAAAGAAUCCUGUUGUUUUGAUUUGUUCAGUAUCUUUAUCAAGUGUGAGCACUGGCCAUUCAGAGGAUCAGAAGGUUAGUGUUGUUUCUGCCUUUUCAUUGAUGGUUGCAUACGACGGUGUUGAGCUUAGCGUUUGGUUCUUUUAUUUGGCAUAUUAGGCUCUGUAGAAGUGUUGCCACAUGAGCCUUGAUAAAAAGAUGAUGAAUAGACUUCAACAAGAGUUUUGUGAUGAGGUAGAACACCUUUUAUCUCCCGUCAUGAGUGAAUCAGUCAUCAUUAUGCAGCCAUAGUUGUACAUGUUAACGGCAAGAGUUUGAAGCUUCCAUGGCAGAUUUUUGAACAUAUUGGUGGAUGAGAACCUCAGUAAAACGAAAUCUCAUGAGGACAAGGUCUGCAUUUUUUUACUUGUGUAACAGCUGAUAGAUUCUUCUUUCUUAAGAAAAUGAAGAACAGGCUCUGCCAAGUGAAGUUGUUAGUUACCUUGAGAAACCCGACUGACAUUUGCAAUGUGUUUCUCUUCCUGCCAGCUCUCUGUAACUUCUGUUGUUAGGUUAUCUGCUCUGUUGUUUCAUUGAGCUAUGUUUGUAGUUGAGGAACAGAUAGCUCAGUUACACCAAUGUUUCGGUAUAGAUUAGUGGGGACCUCAUUUGCUAAUUUAUAACAUAUUCAGAAAUUCUUUUAAUUAAUAAGCCAUGGAGCCUUUUGUCUU